UACAACACACCGAGAGAAAAGAGACGAGGCAGCAGCAGCAACAGCGGCAAAGUUGCUGUUAGCGAGCGAGAGAGCGCGACAGCUACACGGAAUCCCAUCGUCUAUAUAUGGCUACGAAAAUACCAUUUGAUUUGAAAACAUUAUGCGUACGAAAUACAUACACAUAGCGCUAUCAUCAGCCGAAGCGUUAACAACACAAAACGACCUAUCAUAAAAAUACACUAUCACAAUAACAGCAUUAAUAGCAGGCACCUUUAACAGGCAACGACUUUAACACAGCACCCAGUAAAAAAUCAACUAUAACUUCAACUUCAUUUUGAAAAAUGUCUUCAAAGCAAUUUAAACCAUUUAAUUGUGUUCUUUCCUCUGUCAAAUGGAUUUUCGUGUAGAAUUGAGAACAAAAAGUGUCUAAACAACAACCGAGCGAAAGAGAAGGAAAAUAAAACUGUAAAAAAAUAAAACAUUAUUUGAAAACAAAAGCGAUCCGAAGGAAAACCGAAAAGUUGAAAAAGAAAGGAAAAAAAGCAAAACAAAUGCGAUAAACUUUUAUUCUAUUUUUGUGCUGUGUUGAUGUGUAUUCGCUCGGAAAAGAAUCAAAUAAAUACGAUUUUCAAUUUCGCUCCGCACAUAAGAAGAAGAGAAAAAUUCUUAUUCGAUUGUUAAAACAUAAUUCGUCUUGCGAAUAUUCAGACGCUUUCUGCAUUUGUAGUGUUGAAUUGAAACUCACUAAAACUGAAACUACUGCGUGACAUAAUUUUAUGAUUUUUUUAUUUAUUUUCUCGUGUUGUGUCGACGUUUAAUAUUCAUUUUUAUUCAUUCUUUUUUUCUGAUAUAGUGCAAAAUAUAAUCAGUCAGGCAGUCUGUUAAGCGCCAGCGACAAAAUAAAAACAAUAAAUUGCAUAUUUAAAGCGAAACCAAUAAGUGCGUAAGUGCAUGUGCGACGAAAACAGUUAUUGAAACUUAAUUGAGGCGAUUCCAAACAUUGAGCCACUUAAAUAAAUUCGAACGUGGAACAGAAAAAAAUAGUGUCAAUGAACCGCACCAAAGUGAGUUUUUGAGUGGACGUCGAGAGAAAGGAGAAAAAUCGUUGAAAAGAAAAUAUUCAACUAAUAAUUUUCGCCGAAACGGUUGAAAUUUUAUUUUUGAAGGAAAAAAGGCUCAGUAACAUUUUAUCGUCGGACGACACGGUCGAAUAGUUUAAAAGCCGAUAUUAAGAGUAUUUGUAGUUUGAAUUCGAGUCAAGCGAAGUAAAGUGAUUACUGAAUUAGGACAAAAGUGUGAAAAGUGCAUCGAAUAUUUGUUGAAAUUGUAGUUUUGGUAGCGAUUGAUCCAAGAGAAUUGUUGAAGUAUCGAAAAGAAUUCCAAAUGGCGCUUUCCCGUCGGCAUUGAAACCGAAUGGUACGAACACGCUAGCAAACAAGCAUUCAUUCAUACUGGAUGCUUAGAUAAGCAAUGUCAAAGUCCUUUCUGGAUAGUAUGCUACCAGGUUAUCCGCAAUUUCCACCAUUCACUAGUUCUCAAUUGAGUUCAGUCGCAUCACUUCUCCACUUGAACAAUAAUAAUUCCUAUUUAAACUCGAAUCACACACAUCAUAACGGCAUAAAUUUAUCAUUGGCCACAUCGACAUCGUCACAAAGUACGUUGUCUAAUUCGGAAGACGCUUCUAUUUCAAAUUCAGCAUCGGUGACAAAUUCAACAGCGGCCAAUAAAAUGUAUCCAUAUGUUUCAAAUCAUCCGUCGUCUCAUACCAGUUUGUCAGGUAUGCCAGGCUUUUCUGGUUUAGAGGAUAAAUCUUGUAGAUAUACAGACAGCGUCAUGAAUUAUCAAUCGAUGGCUCCCAGUGCAUCAAGCUUUGCACAAUUCUACCACCAAGCAGCUGUUUCAGCCGCUUCCGCUGGCGUUGUCGGCGGCGUUGGUGAUUCGCUAGGAAAUUGCACUCAGCCAUCAUCGGGCGUUGCUUCAACAGCUGGAAGCACACCAGCUUUAUCCGAUCUGCCACGAUACCCUUGGAUGGCGUUAACAGGAUUGGUCGACAAACUGCCGAAUCAGAACUUCUUGGGCAACGCUGGCUACAAAGACUGGAUCGGCCCAUAUGAUCGUGUUGUUUGCGGUGAAUUCUCCGCACCAAAUGGAUGUCCAAGAAGACGAGGUCGACAAACAUAUACACGCUUCCAGACACUCGAACUGGAGAAAGAGUUUCACUUCAAUCACUACUUGACACGAAGGCGACGAAUUGAAAUUGCUCAUGCAUUGUGCUUAACCGAACGUCAAAUUAAAAUCUGGUUCCAGAACCGCCGUAUGAAAUUAAAGAAAGAGCUACGCGCCGUCAAAGAAAUCAACGAACAGGCACGUCGCGAUCGCGAGGAACAGGAAAAGAUGAAAAAUCAAGAAAUCAAGUCCGCCCAACAGCAGCACAGCAACAAGCAAUCGCAUCACCAUGAUCAACAUUCACACAUCGUGAAUCAGAAUUCGAGCGGUCAUCUCCAUCAUUCGGUUGUACAGAAUGAUCUGAAACUGGGCUUAAGCAUGAGUGGUGUCGGCGGCAUUGGCAGCAAUUUAGGUAUGAUGACCGGUUUCGAAAAACCGAAUCAAGAUUUAUUAAAGUCUGUCAGUAAAAUUAAUUCGUAAAUUUCCGCAUUUAUAAUUUGCACACACGAACCCCCAUCAAUCAAACACAAACACACGAACACGCAAACAUCAAACACAUAAACAGCCAGUUAACUUCUAUUGAGUAAAUAACACUGAAUUCAUGAUAAACCAUCGCACUCACGCUACAACGCAACUUUGAUGUGAAAUGGACAGUUUAUGCGAACAAGCCGAAUGAAAUAAUGUUUAAGUGCAUUUUUCGAAUGCAAGAAGAAGAAAAAACCAAGCAACACAACAAAAAAGCGAGAAAAAAUAUCUUCUAUAUAUAUAUAAUAAUUAAAAGAAAGCAUUGUUUGUGUGUUUUUUCUGUUUUUCAAUUGUUUUUUCCAUUUUUGUUUCUCACGUUCGAACAGUUCUUUAAGAAUUUUCUUUUUCAUUUAAGUUUUUCGUUGCGUCUUAUGUUUGCUUUCUUUUUUCUUUUUCUCUUUUUUUUUUGGAAAAUUUAGGAGCGUCGUCAGCAUAUUUGUCAUAAAUUCCACUUUUAUUUAUCGCAUCGAUAUAUUCUGAUAGUAAUUCGGUCAAGUCAAUGGAAACGCAAAUUGUGCUGUGCGUCUCUCUUGAUGCGACCAACAACAUAAAACACGCACUCUAAUUGCUCUUAAUGCCAAUAUACCAUUACAUGAAUGGUUAUUAGUCGUAAAAUACAUUUAUUUUCCCGUGAACAAAUAUGUCAUUUGAAUACACACUUACAAGAGAAAAAAAAAUUAUAACAUAAACGGAAUAAUUGCACAGAAAGAGAAAGAACACAGAAUAACACACAUAAAGAGAAAAAGAAAAGGUGAAUGUAGAAAAACGGCGAAAAACAAACAGGAGAAAAGAAUGAAAAAACAGAAGAAUCUCAUAAUUCUUUAUACGUAACAAACAAAUAAAUGUAACCUUAGUGUAUAAUGUAUAAGUUCAAAACAAACCUAAACUAAACAAACUAAAGUAUAUGUAAUUGCAAGAAGUAAAAAUUCAGUUAGUACUAAGAGUCAAGCCCACAAACAUCUUCAUCAAUCAAGAAAAAAAAAGUAUGGAAGAAGCGACGAAAAGUUCUAGGAAAAUUUGGAGUUUUGCAUCGAUUUUCCGAUUUAAAUGAAACGUAGUUUGCGAAAUUGAAUCGGUAUUGUUUGACAGCGAAAGGAAACAUGGGAAGAAUGCUCCCAGUGACAAGAAAACGAAAUAGUGCUUAGGGCUUCGUUAAUUUUGAUUUCGAAUUUAAGUUGGCAUUAAUAAUUUUUCAAGUAAUUCAUUUCUUGUAAAACGUAUUUUUUUUCUGUUGUGAUUGUAUUUAAAAUGAUGCGUUAGAGGGUGAAAACAUGAUUUUCUUUUAGUUUGAGAUAAGGGAGCAUACAUUAGUAGAAACAAAAAUGGAAAACUUAGUUGGGAAGUAUACGAUGCCAAAACGUUCAAAAGGAUCGACGACUGAUACAGCGCGUCUUCAUAGCUUUUCAGGCUUCCAACUUUGCUUUUUUUCUCUUUUGAAAGUGCAUACGUAAUCACCAAAUUAAAUUAAAAAAAAAUCAGUGAUAAAAAGAAAACAUUUCGAAAAGUAUCCAUUUGUGCAAAAAUAGAAACCACACGGACAAAAUUAUUGAGCGGUUAUUAUUGUUUCGACACUUUCAUCGCUUUCUGUUGAUUAAACAAAAUUUAUAUUUAGAUUUUCGGUUUUUUAGUUUCCAAAACUUUUUUUUGGCAUACAUUUUUUUGAGCUAAUAAAGGAAAAUUUUGAUCUCGUUUUGCGAUUACAUCCAAAAAUUCAUUUGAUAGUCGUUAGCAUGUGAAUUUGUGCCAUGGGCUUGGAUUCUCAACACGUGAGUCGAUCAUUAGUUUAAUUUCGUUGAGAGUAAGUAUCACAAAAAUGCAAUUUCUGUUGUCAAUCGAAUUUUCAAUGUGUAAUCGUAAUUUUUAACGCUCAAUUUUUUUUUUUCAAAUUUUCGUGACAAAACAAAUCUUAGCCAUAGUCAAACAAUAUAUCGAUUUCACUGCAUCCCUCCAAAACAACGCGAUUCAAACAAACGCAAAAACAAAAUAACCGAUUUAUGUAGACAAAAACAAAGUAUUAACCGAGAAAAUUGCAUUGAGAGAAGAAUCAUGACAAAACAAAUGAGAAGAGAAACCAUUUACGUGUACUCACAACAACGGUGAAAACACAUACUCAGUGUGUUUCACAGAUCACAGCAUCCAUUUCAUUCACAUACGUAAUAAAUAACAAUAAAUGCUAAAAGUUAAGCAAAACAAUUUAAAGGAAACAAAAAAAGCGUUCAUAUUUGCCAUAUACAUAAUUAUAUUUACAUAAAGUUUUAACGAUAUGGAAAAAUAAAAUAAAAAUUUAUAUAUAUACACACACACAUUAUACAAACAAGAUUGAAAAAAAUUACAUGAUUUGGGCUCCCUCCUGACACAAGUUGACGAAAUAAACAUGCAAAAAAUCGUUCGCGAUGAUAUUGAGAAGGAAUGAGCACACAGCAAAAAUCUAUUUACAUGCAACCUCCGUAUAGUGACCAUGUGAACCGUAUAUUGCACACAUAAAAAAGAAAACAAUCUGAAACACUGAAUCGAUACAAAUGUUUUAAGUCAAACACCGUGUGUCAAAGGAAGCAUCAUUGAGUCAUGGCCAUGUUGUGGCGAGUUGUAUUGCCGGUUUGCAGGACUUGUAUCGAUUGAAUGUUUUUCUCUUCCUCCUCCCCCCCCCCCCUUAAAACUCAUAAAUACGUACUAGAUGUGUAAGAUGAAAUGAAAACAACAAUUUUAAACAGCAAAAUCCGUGAAUAAACCUUAGUUUAGAACAAACCAAUAUUUAACAUAACAUACACAAAACACAAAAUAUUAUAAACAAGCUAUUAAGAAUAUUAAAACAAAAUAUCUACUUACAUUAUUACUAUUUACAUGAUAAAUUACCUUCAUACAUAAUGUUUAAGAAAUUGAAGAAACUCUUAAUAUUGCAACGCAACACAAGAACAUUUCAUUGUUUUUUAGAUUGUCUAGGGCAAGCCGAUUUUUGACAGAAAGACAGAUGAGUGUGAAAAAGAGAGAAACCUCCCGAGAAACCGAGAAACAGAAAGAGAGAGAGAGAGAGAGAGAGAGAGAGAUCAAUAAGGGUGCAUCUAGUAACGCAAUAAAAGAAUACAUUUCAAACAGCAAAAAAGGAAGAUCAUAAAAACCAAUCGGAAAUUUUAUGAACAUUCGAGUUGUAAUUUUAACAACUUGACAAAAUUGUGAACCCUCAAUAAAAAUGACUCAAUUUCGUGAAUGUUUUUAUUUUCUAUAAUGUAGUUUUGUUUAAAACAAUAAAAACCGAUCGAUGUAUGGGAUUAACAUCGAAACUUCAGUUUUCUUUUCUUCUAAUCGUUCUCGUUCAUUUUGCAAGAUAUAAUCUUAUAUACUACAUGAGAAGCGACCGCUCGAAAAUAGCGCCCGAAUAAAACCAUUACGAUUUCUAGUGAAAUUUAGCAAUUUUUUUUGUUUAUUUCCAUUUCUGUCCAUAAUGUUUUCCUUUGAAAUAAGUUCCACUUAAACAAAUUUUAAUCGAUUAACAUCCAUUGUUUCUUGUAAUUUGUUUUUUUUUAUAUAUAAACAUGCAUUUUGUUAUUCUUUAGUUUUGCGCGAGAUCCCAAUGAAAAUAAAUUAUGACCGCCAUUUUUAUAAGUUUGAAAUUUUGUUUCAUUUUGCUUCGUCUUUAGGAUAUGCACGAUAAGUAAAGAAUUCUUCUUCUUUUUUUUGGCAAAUUGUGAUUUUUGGCGAUUUUUUUGAAAUAAUUUUGAACAUUAUUAUUGUUAUUAUUGAUGUCAUUGAUACUCUCAGGUUGGCUACGGAGUUUUGCAGAUGUGAAAAAAGUGAAAGAAAAAAGACUGUCGUUCAAAUUGCGAAAUCCUCAAGAUACGUAAUAAUUUUUCUUGCUUAAAAAUAUCAAAAGAAAACCGUUUGUAUUUGUUCCUCUAUUCUACCAACUUUUUGAGAACCGCAUCAAAUUUACAAAUGAAAACAAAAUACAGUUGGAAACAGAAAUGUUGAUGUCAAAAUGAAACGAGCGUGACGGAAAUUUCGAAACGCGCACAAACAUCUGAACCUCAUGAGAAAAAUGUGUUUCCUUUCGAAGCGAAAACUUUCCCCAUUUCAUCGAUUCCAGAGCGAUUUCAUUGAGCAGUGUACUCAACUCAAUUUGUUGCACACAAUUUUGUCCGUCUUACACAAACUGACUGACACACUCAAGUGUGCAUAUAUAUCUGAUUGGCAAUCGACGGUUAGUCAUUAAACCUAAAUGCUUGCAUUUUGAAACUCAAUCCUCAAGCAAAGAAUCUCUUGCACUGUCUCUUUUUAUGAAAAAGAAUUCGUAAGUGGAAUUGUAAAAAAAAAUCGAAUAUUUGAGAGAAAAACAAGCAGAUGAAUUGUAAUUAAUUGAAAAAAAAUAUAAUUUAUUUUCUCUACAUCUUAUCAUAUUAUGUACUUGUAUGUAAUGAACAAUUUUAGUGAACACAGAAAAUUGAAUAUUUAAAGCUAGAAACACACAAACAACAUUACAACUAAUUUAAACGAAGAAAAAGAGAGAAAAAAACAUUAAUUAAGGGUUAUUGUAAAACAUCAAAAUGCCAUAUAAUAUUUUUCAAGUGUACACGUAAACAUAAAACAAUAAUCUAGCGUAAAUAGUGUAAACGCGCGAAUACUCAAACAAAAUUGCAUUGCCGUAGUGUUUCUAUAUUAAUGAAAUAAAUUUAGACAAAGACAAAAACAAAAAAAAA